AUGAAAAGUCUUAGACCAAUUCGAGUUGCAAAGGAAGAUGGCGAGAAGGAAAGCCAACCCUUGAGUCCAAUGGCUCGAGUAUUUCAUGAGCCCAACUCCAAUGUCUACAUCGUUGUCAUCAUGGGAUUUAAGACUCCUAUCAAUUCGGAUGUUGUUAAAGUUAACUUGGCUCAGACUUUUCUCAAGCAUCCUCGUUUCUCUAGUUUGCAGGUGAUGGAUGAGGAAAAUGGUGGGGAGAUGAGAUGGGUUCGAACAGAAGUAAACAUAGAUAACCAUGUAAUAGUCCCAAAGCUUGAUCCAAACAUGGACUGUCCUGAUAAAUUUGUGGAAGAUUACACCUCUAAUCUCAGCAAAACCACAAUUAGUAGGUCCAUGCCAAUGUGGGAUAUUCAUAUUCUCAAGGUUAAAACUUCAGAAGCUGAAUCCACAAGCAUUCUUCGCGUCCACCAUUCCAUUGGUGAUGGAACAUCUCUCAUGUCUCUUUUACUUUCUUGUACUCGCAAAGUAUCCAAUCCUACGGAACUUCCAACUCUACCAACUUUAAAGAAAAGGAAUCCCAACGACUCUGCUGGGUUCUGGCACUUAUUGCUCAAGCUAUGGAUGUUAGUGUUGCUGUGUUGGAAUACUGUUGUUGAUGUGGUGAUAUUUCUAGCAACAAUUUUGUUCUUGAAGGAUACUAAAACACGUCUUAAAGGAGCAUCUCCAGUUGGAUCAACUGCUAGAAGGUUUGUUCAUAGAACAAUUAGUUUGGAUGAUGUGAAGCUGGUGAAGAAUGCCAUGGGCUCGACAGUCAAUGAUGUGAUGAUGGCAAUCACACAAGCGGGAUUGUCUUGCUAUCUCAAUAGGAAGUAUGGUGACGAUCAUCAGAAAGAUGAUGAAGGAGCAAAAGGGAAAAACAAUCUUCCCAAGAACAUUCGUCUUAGAGCAACUUUUUGCAUGAACAUAAGACCCUCUGCAGGCAUCCCUGCUUUUGAUGAUAUGACAAGAAAGGAUAGUGAAGCGAGGUGGGGCAACCAUAUUGGAUAUGUUCUGUUUCCUUUCACUAUUGCAUUGAAAGAGAACCCAUUGGAUUAUGUACGUGAUGCUAAAAUUACUGGGGACAGAAAGAAAGCCACUCUUGAAUCUAAAUUCACUUAUUUCAUGGCCAGAUUUUUCCUUAAUUUCUGUGGCACUAAGAUGGGGAACUUUCCAACUCAAACCACAUUGUGGUUUUCAAAUGUUGCUGGUCCACAAGAAGAAAUCUCUUACUUUGGCCACCCUGUGACCUUCAUAGCUCCCACCUUAUAUGGCCAACCUAAUGCGUUGAUGAUUCAUGUAGCGAGCUAUGAGAACAAGAUGAAAAUCAUCUUAUCGGCAGACGAAAACAUAAUUCCUGAUCCACAUCAACUCUGUGAUGAUCUUCAAAAUUCUCUUUCUCUGAUCAAGGAUGCAGUAAUCAAAAGCAAAAGGGCUGCUGAAUUAUAAAUACAUACACAUAUGAGCAUGUGUGGCAUAUAAUAAUAUAUUAAAAAAAUAAAAUUGAAAAUAAAAUAUUAUAUGUUCAUAAUUAUUGCAAAAGUAUAGAAUUUAUCAAAUAAUUUUGCAUUAAUUAUCGAGUAUUUAAUGUUUUAUUUUUGAAUUUAAUAUGAUUAUAUAGUAUAGUUUCCUAAAAGUAAUGUAUUGUCUGUAGAAUAAGAUGGAGAACAGUGCCCAUCAAAUAAUUU